CAAUGCGUCAUUGCUACGAUUUACGUUGUGUGUGCGCCAUCAUUGGUGGCUCGGUUGUCACUACGAAGCAGCGGUAAAGGACGUAUCGAAAGCAGCAAGAUGACUGAUUGGGCUGGAUAUGGGUAUGCAGCCCUCAUUGCAUCCGGGGGAGCGAUGGGCUAUGUCAAAGCAGGCAGUGUCCCCUCUUUGGCAGCAGGUCUUCUAUUUGGGGGCCUAGCUGGGGUUGGUGCCUACCAGAUAUCACAAGAUCCCAAAAAUAUUUGGGUGUCACUAGUCACAUCAGGAGCCCUGGCAGGUGUGAUGGGAAAGAGAUUCUACGGCUCCAGGAAGAUUAUGCCUGCUGGAAUGAUGGCAGCAGCAAGUAUCCUUAUGGUGGGAAAGCUCAGUGUUGGAAUGCUGCUGCAGAAGCCCCAGGAGUCAUAAUACACUGAUAUGAACACUUUCAGACACUGAUGUAAAAAAUCAUUAUCCUCUUUCUUUUCCAUUGUCUUGUAUUAUUCAGGCACAACCGGUCAUCAGUCAUAUGUGGAUGUUAUUUUGUAAAAAUGUAUAAUUUAACAUGGAUUUUCUUGUUUAUAAAAUUACAAGGAUGGCA